AUGAACUCUGACGUGCACCGACACCAGGCACAUCCGCCGCUUGCCCAGCACGGCGUGCACGCGGGAGCGCAGAGCGUAGGCUGCGGCUGGUAUUCGGCCUCGACGGCCACCACCGCACCAACGGCUCCAGCCAGGCUCAAGAGGGCCCAGCCCCCACCACAGCUGCCGUCGGGAGGCGGAGUCGUCGCCAGUAAUGGUCCACACGUGCCACUGUCGCCGACAGCCUUGCAAAGUUCGAUACAGCAUAACCUGUCGUACAGCGCGAAGUGCGACAUCGCGCUCGGCCAGCAGGGCGUGAUGUCGACGUCGGUGCGGUCCGCCGCGCCGGCGGGCCCCGCCCCGACUGCGAUGCACACGUCGCAGACGACGCCCGCGGUCUCCAAAGGCGCCAGCGACGUGCUGGUCAACUCCUCGGCGCAGAACCCGCCCUCCGCCGCCACCAGGCUCGUCAACAUGACCCAAUGGCCGCUAGUGAUAUCGCUCGUUCGUCUGGACCGUGAGAACUUCAUAUGGAUUAACUCUCGAAAGAAGUACGUCGCCGACCGACGACGGUUCCGUGUCGGACCCCCCUACUCGCAUAAUGGCGUUCAAUUGGACAAAAUUGUCCGCGAUUGUAUGAUGAUUCCAUACGAUCGUUCUGGCGAAAAUCUCACCGCAAAGCAAAGGCCGCCUAAGCCACAGUCGCGGCGAGCUAUGGGGAGCGCGGAUCGCGAGUUGCCUACCGACGGUCGACCGGAGAAUAUAAGUCACUCGGUGUCAUCCAAUGACGAUUGCGAAUGGCACCACGGGGCCAUAUCGCGCGAGCGCGCCGAGGCCCUGCUCUCCGGCUCCCCGGACGGCGUGUUCCUCGUGCGCGAGAGCACCAACUUCCCCGGCGACCACACGCUCUGCGUGCGCUUCCGCGGCCGCGUCGAGCACUACCGGGUAAAAUGGGCGACCGCACCUGAGAGCCAAACCCAACGCUUAACAAUCGACGAUGAAGAGUUUUUCGAUACAAUGACCGACUUAAUUCACCAUUACCUCCAGGACGCGGAUGGAUUGUGCACGAAACUGGUCCGUUGCCUACCGAAGGCGUCACUCAACGGCGCAAACAACAACGGCGUGCUGCAGCCGCCAUAUCCGCCACACCCGCCUCAACCGCCGCCGUACCCGCCCACGCCGAGCGUGUCGGGCGCCCUGAGCUCGGGCCACUUCCAGCACGCGUUCGCCGCCCAGCCGCCCUCCACCGACCAGCCCGACGGCGCCGCGCCGCAGCAGAGGUUCGUCGACGCGCGCUGGAUCAUCGCCGAACGCGACCUCGAGAUACGAGAGAACAUCGGCAAGGGGGAGUUCGGUGACGUGAUGCUGGGCAUCCUCAACGGCGGCCAGAAGGUGGCCGUCAAGAUCCUCAAGGACCGGGAGGCAGCCAGCAAGUUUCGCGCGGAGGCCAGUCUCAUGUCGUCCCUGAAACACGACAACCUGGUGCGGCUGCUGGGCGUGGUGUUCAGCUCCAACGGAAGCACGUGCCUGGUAACGGAGCACUGCGCGCAGGGAUCGCUGCUCGACUACCUGCGCAGCCGCGGCCGCCACUACGUCACGCAGCUCGACCAGAUCAACUUCGCCUACGACGCGUGCUGCGGCAUGGAGUACCUGGAGCGGCAGCGCGUGGUGCACCGCGACCUGGCGGCGCGCAACGUGCUCAUCUCGGCGGAGGGCGCGGCCAAGGUGGCCGACUUCGGGCUGGCGCGCAGCGAGGCCGCGCCCGAGGACCCCGCCGACGCCGUGCGCGUGCAGGCCAAGCUGCCCAUCAAGUGGACCGCUCCCGAGGCGCUCAAGUACAACAAAUUUUCAAACAAAUCUGACAUGUGGAGUUUUGGAAUUCUACUUUGGGAGAUCUAUUCAUUUGGAAGAGUGCCAUACCCAAGAAUUCCGCUGGCGGAGGUGGUCCGGCACGUGGAGCGCGGCUACCGCAUGGAGGCGCCGGAGGGCUGCCCCGGCGGGCCGUACGACGUGAUGCGCGCCGCCUGGCACGCGGACCCCGCGCAGAGGCCAACCUUCCUGGCCACGCGGGCCCGGCUCGCGGCCAUGCGCGACGCGGCGCACCACGCCCACCAGCCACACCAGACCCACCAGCCCCAUCAGCCCCAUCAGCCGCACCACGCGCCGCAG